CUGUCAGUCCGUCUUCUCUUUGUUUGUACACCUUCUGUCCUUCCUGCCAUCUCCUACGAUCUCGUAAACAUGUGCUUACUUAAACACUCCGUUCCUUCAGAUGCCCUCCUUCCCUUCCUCUCUCUCUCUCUCUCUAUCUCACUCGCUCUCUUCUGCAUUUCUUCGCCACCGUUGACAGGGCAACAGGCUAAUUUCCAUUUUCUUACCACUAAGGCCUAA